UUGAAAAAUACACAUGUUAUGCAUGUUUAAUGUUAGGUUAGAAAUUUGAUUGUGUUCAGGAUGUCGGAUCAACCAAGUACAUCAAAAUUUGAUUGUUUUGAUGCUGAAGAAGAAUCCGAGGAAGGUGAAAUUAAUGACGAUGACGAUGAUGAAGAAAUACAGGCAUCUGAAUCAAGAACCGCUCCAGAAGAUGUCGUAGAACCACCACCAAAGGUUGCAAAACUAUCUACAAAUGACAACGGUGAUGAUACACAUCGUCAUCGGCACCAUAAACAUCAUAAACAUCAUGAUCGUGAUCGCGGCAAGAAACGUAAACAUUCCUCUGAACCGGAUAAUGAUGAACCAAAUGACGCUUUAGAAAAGUUAUCAUUGGAUAAUGAACCGAAAAUUGAUGAAGAAUCUGAUGAUGAAAUUGGAAAUUUUACUCAUAAAGAUGUUAUUAAAGAAAUUACAAUGGAAGCGAUGAACAAUCGUGUGACAAUCACAGUAGUUGAAUCAGUUGAAUCGUGUACGCAUGAAGUAGCAAAUCCACCUUCUCACCCCUAUGUACCUUUAGUGACCCCAACAUUUCCCAAAGCAAAAACAUAUCCAUUUGUGUUAGAUCCUUUCCAAAACGAGGCAAUUCUGUGUAUCGACAACAAUCAAUCAGUUUUAGUGUCAGCGCACACCAGUGCUGGUAAAACAGUUGUAGCCGAAUACGCUGUCGCUAGUGCAUUACGUGAUAAACAGCGUGUCAUAUAUACCACACCAAUAAAAGCGUUAAGUAACCAAAAAUACCGUGAAUUCAAUGAAGAAUUCCAAGAUGUCGGUUUAAUCACCGGGGAUGUAACAAUUAAUCAAAAUGCAUCAUGUUUGAUUAUGACAACGGAAAUUUUACGUAACAUGUUAUAUCGUGGAUCGGAAAUAACACGUGAAGUUGCAUGGGUCAUAUUCGAUGAAAUUCAUUAUAUGCGUGAUAAAGAACGUGGCGUUGUUUGGGAAGAAACAAUUAUUUUGUUACCACGCAACGUGCAUUUUGUUUUUUUAUCCGCUACGAUUCCAAACGCUAGACAAUUCUGUGAAUGGGUGUGUUCGUUACAUGAACAACCCUGUCAUGUAGUCUACACGGAUUAUCGACCGACUCCGUUGCAACAUUUCAUAUUUCCUGCUGGUGGGGAUGGUAUUCAUUUGGUUGUUGAUGAAAAGGGAAGAUUUCGUGAUGAUAAUUUUAAUGCGGCUAUGGCUGUGUUACAGAAUGCUGGGGAUAAUGCUAAAGGUGAUUCGCAACGUGGGCGUAAAGGUGGAAUGAAGAAUGCGAAUAGCAAUGUGUAUCAAGUCGUUAAAAUGAUUAUGGAACGAAAUUUUCAGCCAGUUAUUGUGUUUAGUUUUAGUAAAAAAGAUUGUGAGCUGUAUGCAAUGCAACUUGCCAAAUUGGAUUUCAACACAACUGAAGAAAAGAAAUUAGUUGACGAAGUAUUUGCGAAUGCAAUUGAAGUACUGAAACCAGAAGAUAAAAAAAUACCACAAGUUGAGAAUGUUUUACCAUUUUUACGACGUGGAAUUGGUAUACAUCAUGGAGGUUUACUUCCAAUUUUAAAAGAAACAAUUGAAAUAAUGUUCAGUGAAGGCUUAAUAAAAGCUUUAUUCGCUACGGAAACAUUUGCAAUGGGACUUAAUAUGCCAGCUCGAACGGUUGUUUUUACGGGUAUGCGUAAAUUUGAUGGGAAAGCAUAUCGUUGGUUAUCUUCAGGAGAGUAUAUUCAAAUGUCAGGACGUGCUGGACGUCGAGGUCUUGACGACAAAGGUAUCAUUAUUUUAAUGAUUGACGAGCAAGUUACACCGACAGUUGGAAAAAAUAUUGUGAAAGGUCAACCGGAUCCAAUUAACUCAGCAUUUCAGUUAACUUAUAACAUGGUUUUAAAUUUAUUACGUGUUGAGGAAAUUAAUCCUGAAUAUAUGAUGGAACGAUCAUUUUUCCAAUUUCAAAAUCAAUCCAAUAUGCCAGAUCUUUUCGAUAAAUAUGAAGCAAUUAAGAAGAAAUGUGACUCAAUAAAAGUUCCUCGAUAUGAAGAAAUGAAAGUCUAUCAUGAAUUACGGAAAAGUAUUGACAAAAUAAAAACCAAAUGUCGAAAAUUUAUAUUUAGUCCAAUGAAUCUUCUUCCAUUUUUGAAAAGCGGUCGUAUGAUUAAGGCAAAACAUGAUGGUCAUGAAUUUGAUUGGGGUAUUGUUGUAAAUUUCAAUAAAACAACAGAACCGGCAAGGCGUGGACCACCCGGCCAAGAUAAACGACAGAAGUCUGAUAAAACACAAAACAUAAAUCUAACAGUUGAUAUAUUAUUGCAUUUAGAAGAGUCUGAUAAAAUAAUUGACGGUAAAUAUGUACAUUUACCGUGUCCACCGGGGAAAACUGGCAUCAUGGAAGUGUUACCAGUACCAGCGAAAAAUUUAUUAGAAAUAUCAUCAGUACGUGUACAUAUACCAGACGAUUUACGGCCAUUGGACGCUAGACUUGGUGUUAUUAAAUUAUUGGAACAAGUUAAACAACGAUUUAAAGAUGGCAUACCCUUGUUAGAUCCAAUUCAAGAUAUGAAAAUUAUGGAUUUAAAAUUUUUAAAAUUAAAUGAUGAACUUAAUAAAUUUCAAGAAAGAUUAGACUUUUUACCAAUAUCCAAGGAACCUAACAUCAAAGAAAUGUAUACAAUCAUGCAAAACAAAAUAGAAACCAGAAAAGCAAUGCGUGUAGCUCGCGAAGAACUCUCAUGUGCCAGUUCAAUAUUACAAAUGGAAGAGUUAAAAAAUCGUAAAAAGGUUUUACGACGCCUAGGAUUUUGUGACGAGAACGAUGUAAUUCAGCUGAAAGGGCGAGUUGCAUGCGAAUUAAGCGGUGCUGAUGAGCUACUGCUUACCGAAAUGAUAUUCAAUGGUACCUUCGAUAACAUAUCAGCAGCGUUAGCGGCCUCUUUACUCAGUUGUUUUGUAUGCGAUGAAAAGAGUAAAGAAAAAUCAACUCGUGCGGAUGAAUUAGCUGAAGCAUUACGUAACAUGCAACAUAUUGCACGGAAAAUCGCACGGAUAUCACGUGAAUGUUCAAUUGAUCUCGACGAAGAUAAAUAUGUGGAAAAAUUUAAGCCAUCAUUAAUGGAUGUGGUGUUUGCGUGGUGUAAUGGAUGCCAAUUUUUGGAUAUUUGUAAAAUGACUGAUAUUUUUGAGGGCUCCAUAAUUAGGUGUAUACGUCGUUUAGAGGAAUUAUUACGUCAAUUAUGUCAAGCGGCUAAAGGUAUAGGGAAUGUUGAAUUAGAGGCGAAAUUCUCGGAGGCUAUUAGAUUAAUUAAACGUGAUAUUGUUUUUGCCGCUAGUUUAUAUUUAUAAAUCAUUUUUUGUAUGGGUAAUGAUUUUUUAGCUUCUUGUGAAUAACUUCUUAAUCAUAAUUUUCCGAGAACUAGAUCAAAUUGAUCCCAAAAUGAGAAGCAAAAAAAUAUGGCCGCAUUGUGAAUUCAAUUUUUAUUUAAAUGUUAAUAAUUAAUUAUACAGGGUGCUUUAUUUUACUUGACAUAGGCUCAAAAAAUAAAUAAACUGACUCUGCUUCAUAACUGGA